AUGAGCUGCUGGCUUGACGCGUCCGACGUAGCCGUCCACACGUACCAGAUCGUUGACGGCAAGAUCUUCUUCGCCGUCGAGCUCACCAACUCGGACGCUGCUGCAUCGACGUCCGCAUCGUCUCGCAAGGUCUGCACGACGUUGCGGUCGUACUCGCAAUUUCGACGUCUUCGGAAAACGCUUAGCGAGCGUCUGAACGACCCGCUCGGGCGGCACUACCACCACCAGGUAGCAGCAGUAGCGCCUUUUCAAGCGCACAAGUGUCAGUGUGCGAGGGGCCACUGCGACUUUGACGCACUGUACCUCUUGCUGCAGUCGCUGCCGUUUCCGUCCCGUCGGUCGCUUCGAUCGACCCUCACAGGACUCGACCACGUGGCCAUUAACGCCCGACGCGACGCGCUCGCGGCUUUUGUCACGUCUCUGCAAACGUUCUUUACCACGUGCACCGGUGUGACACUGAGGAAGAAGCUGCAGGAGGACAAUUGUCUCGUGCUUAGAACGUACGCGAACUUCUUGGGCACAGCAGAGCACUUUGCGACCGAUACGUUGGCAGUUCUUCAUCGUCCAUUGGCGCUACAGAGCUGGAGACAGCAGUGUGCUGAGCAGAUGUUGGGCCAAGACAACUGCGAAGGGGAAGAGGUGGAGGACGGCGGACGGUUUACAGAUAGCGCUCUAGAACAGAGCGAGCACGGCCUUGCUGCCCCACGCGCAGUCGCAUGUCGACUUGCAGAUGGGUCGACACUGGUCGCGGGUGAACCACAUAGUGCCCCUUUACCCGUUUUGCAAGUCAAGGCCUUGCGAGUCCAUACGGUGCAGUCGUUCAUGGAGGAGUUCUGCGACCACGUCUUGUCUCAGUUUGCCAGCGACAUUGACGAACUCCACUCGCCUGAGCUUACCACGGCCCGUCGGUGGGAGAUUUGUCUCUACGUGGCCUGCCGCAUCGGCCACGCGUACGCUGUGCAGCUCAUAUUGUUCAGCUACGCAGACGCCAACACGGCCAUGGUGGACGGCUCUUCGUGUUUGCUCAUUGCGGCCCGCUUGGGACGAAGUGAGAUUGUGGCGCUCUUGAUGGAGGAAGGGGCAGACGUGAACAAGGCCAACGAUGCCGGGGUGACGUCGCUGAUUGCAGCGUGUCGUAACGGGUGUGUCGACAUUGUAAAGCUGCUGCUCGAUGCUGGCGCAAAGGUGUCUGUCUGCAGCAAACGAGGCACGUACCCACUGCACGCUGCCAUCGUCUCUCAGAACAUUGAGAUCGUAUCGAUACUUGUCGAGCAUGGCGCAAACGUGAACGUCAUGACCGCUAGCGGCAUCACGCCCCUGCAUUUCGCCGCCAAACUGGGGUCGCUGGCAAUCUCCGAGUACUUGCUGUGCCACGAUGCUGACCCCGAGAAGCGCACGAAGAACGACAGCGACGCCAUGAUGAUCGCCGAGGCCAAUGGCCACGCUACGAUCUGCGAACUGUUUCAGCAAUUCUCGGGUCUCGGUUCGAGCAAGCAAGUGCGGUCGGACUACAUGCUGAACAUUGGCGAGAGCAACAAGUCACCGGGCAUGGCGCGGAAGCUUUCGCAGCCUCGUGUACCACGCGCCGUCAUCGGAUAG